GACAGAGAGGAUUGCCCCGUCCAACGAUCAACCUUGCCGUAACGAGACCUCUCCACUUCUCCCCUUGGCCCCCUGUCCCCGUAUCAUCUAUCAUUUCACGACACUUCACUUCAGCACAGACGUACCCGCCCCGCUAGGGAAAUGGUCAGGCGAAAAACGCAUCAGCCAGGUAGUCGGACGUAGGGAAAUUAUCGGCGAUGAUUGACCUAUCAUGGAUGAUGGUAUUCUUUCUUGAGCGUAUCCAUGCCCAUGGUCUGUGUGCACUACUAAGGUGUAUACUAAACAUUCAAUCUCAGCAACAUCCCAUCGUGUUUCACAACUGCCGUAUUUGCUCUCUUCUUUUUACAUGUUCAUUUCAUCCCGCAAAAUUGCAGCGUAGCAAUACAUUAACGAGACUGCUAGCGCAGGUUACGUGUUCGUCCGUGUGUAAGAAGUCAUGUAAUGUAGUGUACUACGCACCGAGCCUUUGAAACCCUUGUCCUAACAUCAUUUGGCGAGUUCCAUAGUAGCUUUACUUAGAUAAUAAAACGCUUUGAUAU